UUCACCUAUGUAGGUGUCGACGUCUUUGGACCAUGGGACAUUGUCUCACGCCGCACAAGAGGAGGAGUCUCCAAUUCUAAACGAUGGGCUGUGAUGUUCUCCUGCAUGUGUUCAAGGGCAGUUCACAUCGAGGUAAUAGAAGCAAUGAGUACCAGCAGCUUUAUCAACGCCUUAAGAAGGUUCUUUGCUGUCAGAGGCCCGGCAAAGCAGAUCCGCUCCGACUGCGGCACUAACUUUAUCGGCGCCUCCCGUGAUCUGGAGAUGGUCAAGACUAAUCCAGGCUUCAACAGUGUGGAAGAGUACCUACACACACAGGGCUGCACCUGGGUAUUCAACCCGCCCCAUGCGUCUCAUAUGGGCGGCGCGUGGGAGCGCAUGAUCGGCAUUGCCCGUCGGAUUUUGGACUGCAUGCUGCUCGAGCAGAGGAGGUCUCACCUUACACACGAAGUUCUGACUACACUCAUGGCUGAGGUAGCUGCUAUCAUGAAUGCUAGACCGCUCAUUCCCGUGUCAUCAGAUCCGGAAUCGCUGCUCAUACUCACCCCAGCAACGCUCCUGACUCUUAAGACUGGCUCUACACCUCCUCCUCCUCCGUCAGGAAGCUACCAGGAAGCGCAUCUCAUCAGAGAGGAGUGGAAGCGGGUUCAGGGCCUAGCAGACACGUUUUGGAACAGGUGGAAACAUGAAUACCUCAAGACAUUGCAGCUUCGACACAAGUGGCAAGGAAAAAGGCAGAACCUUCAAGAAGGAGACAUAGUUCUCUUGAAAGACAAUCAAGCAAAGAGAAAUCAAUGGCCAACGGGCAUCAUCACAAAAACCCUCCCAGGAGAUGAUGGAUUGGUUCGGAAGAUUCAAGUGGAAGUUGUCAAGGACGGAACCAGAAAGUCCUUUUCUCGUCCUGUUACAGAAGUCGUUCUGCUUCUCUCUCCAAAGUCUGAUUCUGCUAAUUAAUGUGGGCUCUUUAAAGAUCCCAAGCGGGGAGUGUCAUGCCGCUCUAUCUGAAUCAGUAGUUACGUGUGGUUUGUUUAGGUUCGUUACCAUAGUAACUCAGUUCUGCGCAUGUGCGGAAACAGGAAGUAAAGGUUCCCCAUGCGGUGAUCGGCUAUAGUAAUGUGCGAGCUCUAUCUGUCGUCAGUUCUGAAUCCUUCGCUUUUCCUUUUCCCCCUUUGCUAAUGCAACGUCUUUUCACAAGAUUCUCAGUAAACUUCUGGAAAUUAAUCAUCUGUGUCCUGGAGUUUCUUGGGAGUGUUUAAGCUG